AUGGGGAGGCUGGAGCCGGGAAUUGUGUGUGAGGAGGAAGCGAGGCCCGUCGGCGCCGCGGGAGGCCGCGGGUGCGUGUUGGGCCGCGGGGCCUCUGGGCUGGGUGUCAGGGCUGCCAGGGCGGCUGCAGGCAGGAGCCCCGCGCCGUGCUGUGUCAGGUCUUCUCGGAGGAGGCAUCUCCUUCCCCUCUUCUGCCAUAUGGAGCUGUCGUCAUGGCGGCUUCAUCUCUCUGCUGUGAAACUGGCAGAGCUGCACAGUGAUCUAAAAAUACAAGAAAAGGAUGAGCUAAGCUGGAAGAAACUGAAGGCUGAAGGACUAGAUGAAGAUGGAGAGAAGGAAGCCAAACUCAGACGCAACUUAAAUGUCAUUAUGACUAAAUAUGGACUGAAUGGAAGGAAGGAUUCUCAACUAGUUGAUACCAACUACAUCAAAGACGGUACAGAAAGUGAUACACUAGAUGAUCCAAGACUGGAAAAAUUAUGGAGCAAGGCCAAGACCUCUGGGAAGUUCUCUGAUGAGGAGCUGGAUAAGCUAUGGCGAGAGUUUAAGCACCACAAAGAAAAGAUUCAUGAAUACAAUAUUCUGCUGGAGACUGUGAGCAGAACAGAAGAUAUUCACAAAAAUGUUAUCAACCCAUCUGAAGAGAACGUGGUGAAAGAGGAAAUCUUGCACAACAAACACAGAGAACUCAAAGACAAGCUAAGAAGCAUCAAUCAGGGGUUUGAGCGUUUGCGUAAAGUCAGUCACCAGGGAUAUGACACAACCAGUGAAUUUGAAGAACCAAGAGUGAUUGACUUGUGGGACAUGGCCAAAUCAGCCAAUUUCACUGAGAAAGAACUUGAAUCUUUUCGGGAGGAGCUGAAGCACUUUGAAGCAAAAAUUGAAAAACACCAUCAUUAUCAGAAACAGUUAGAGAUUUCACAUGAGAAACUGAAGCAUAUAGAGGGAACUGGAGAUAAGGAUCAUCUGAACAGAAACAAAGAGAAAUAUGCCAUGCUGGAAGAAAAGACAAAAGAACUGGGAUAUAAGGUAAAGAAGCACUUGCAGGACUUGUCCAGCAGAAUUUCUCAAGGUCUUCAACACAAUGAAUUAUAAAAUUUUAUUCUACUUCAUGGGAUCAGUCUAUUAACACAAAUGAGGUAAUGUGUUUGUUGAGGAGGAUUUACCAAGGACUACUUCUGAAAUAGAAAGGAUUGAACAGUUUUAUUGUAAGAAAAUUUUUUUUGGUCCAUUUAAUUGCCAGUUUUGUAUUUGCACUGUCAAAUUAAAUUAUUAGAUUGUAAAUUCAAGUUACAUAUGUUUGAUCAUCUAAAUGUUACAUCUGAAUCAAGUAGCAGCCUUUGAAAU